AUGGGGGUCCCGGGAGCCGAGACACGGUCCCGCGUGGGGCUGGCCCCGAGGAGAGCCAAGCGUUUCGCCUCGGUGCCACGGUACGUGGAGAUGCUGGUGGUAGCGGACGAGUCAAUGGCCCGGUUCCACGGCGCGGGGCUCCGGCGGUACCUGCUGACGGUGCUGGCGGCGGCUGCCCGGUCCUUCCGGCACGGCAGCCUGGGCAACCUGGUGGAGCUGCGGGUGACGCGGCUGGUGGUGCUGGGCCAGGGCACCCCCGGGCCCCCCAUCACCUCCAAUGCUGCCCAGAUGCUCCGCAACUUCUGCCAGUGGCAGAAGGGGCUCAAUGUCCCCGACGAGGACAGUUCCCUCCACUUUGACACCGCCAUCUUCUUCACCCGGCAGGACCUGUGUGGGGCGGCCACCUGCGACACACUGGGCAUGGCCGACGUGGGCACCAUCUGUGACCCCGAGCGGAGCUGUGCCAUCGUGGAGGAUGACGGGCUGCAGUCGGCAUUCACAGCCGCCCACGAGCUGGGUCACGUCUUCAACAUGCUGCAUGACACCUCCCAGCACUGCCGGGAGCUGAACAGCCACUCUGGAGCCACCCGCCAUGUGAUGGCUCCCGUCCUCUCCUCGCUGGAGCCCGGUGAGAUGUGGUCCCCAUGCAGCGCCUGCUUCAUCACCGAUUUCUUGGACAAUGGCCACGGUCAGUGCCUCCUGAACAAGCCUCUGGAGUGGCUGCAGUUGCCCUCGGCGCUGCCGGGCAGCGUCUACCCGGUGCUGCGGCAAUGCCAGCUCGCCUUUGGGCCCGACUCGCGGCACUGCGGCGACCUGCAGCCGCCCUGUGCCUCGCUGUGGUGCACCGGCCACGUCGGCGGCCGCUCUGUCUGCCAGACGAAGCACUUCCCCUGGGCUGACGGCACGCCAUGCGCGCCAGGCAGAGCCUGCAUGGACGGGCUCUGCGUCAGCGUCAGCCGCAUGCAGGAGCUCACCGUGAGUCCCGACGCCUGUGGAUGGCGGCUGGGGGUCCAGCUCUCCCACCGCAACUGUACUACGCCGGCGCCUCGCCACGGCGGCCGGUACUGCGAGGGCAAGCGCACCCGCUUCCAGUCCUGCAACGUGGAGGAGUGUCCUGGCAGCACCCCCCUCACCUUCCGGGAGGAGCAAUGUGCCGCCUACAACCAUCGCCCCGACCUCAUCAAGGGGCUCCCGGCCCCCACGGACUGGGUGCCGCGCUACAGUGGCGUCUCCGAGCGGGACCAGUGCAAGCUGACCUGCCAGUCCCAUACCCUGGGCUACUACCACGUGCUGCAGCCAAGGGUGGCCGAUGGGACGCCCUGCUCCCCCGAGAGCACGGGGGUGUGCGUGCAGGGCCGCUGCAUCCCCGCCGGCUGCGACCGCAUCAUUGGCUCCAAGAAGAAGUUCGACAAGUGCAUGAUGUGUGGUGGCAAUGGCUCCAGCUGCACCAAGGUCUACGGCUCCUUCACCAAACCCCGCUACGGCUACAACGACGUGGUGACGAUCCCGGCGGGUGCCACGCACCUCCUGGUCCGUCAGAUCUCGGCGGUGGGUGGCGAGGAUGUCUUCUUGGCACUGCGGCGGCCGGCCGGCGGCUCCCUGCUCAACGGUGGCUAUGUCCUGGUGCCCUCCCCAACCGACGUGGUGCUGGCGGGCGGCGUGACCCUGCGCUACAGCGGGGCCACGGCGGCCACUGAGACGCUGACGGGGCGGGGGGCGCCGGGCCAGGGUGCCACCGGCACCCCCUCGCCCCCCAAGAACAGGGGGCCACCAGGCUUGCCCAGAACGGGACUUUAUUGGGUGCCUCCUCCCGGCCAUGCGCAGCCCCUCGGGACGGCUGCAGGUCUGUACCUGUCUCCCGAGGUCGCAGCCGGAGCUGUGGGCACACGGGGCCCAGCCACAAUAACAGCCCACCCCAAAGACGUCCUGGGGUGGAAAAUCCGCCCCUGA